AUGGAGAACAGAGUCGUUCCACCGUCUACGAUAACGACGGCGCGUCUCCACCUCAUCCGCCUCACCGACACAUCCCCCAGCUCCCAACACGUCCGAUGGUUCCACGAGAACUGGUCCGACCCCAUAGCCACAGGCUGGAGUCUGCACGGCGCAACGAAAACCCUAGAGGAGAGCAGGGUGUGGAUGGAAGAGCAUAUGGAGAAACAUGAUAACUGGUUUUACGCCGUCUUUCUGAGGAAAUCGGGGUCGAGUGAUGGGACUGAGAAGGAUGCGAGGCCGGAGGAGCUGGGUGAGCAUAUUGGUAGUGUGAGUCUGCGGCACCAGGCGGCUGGGCCUACGCUGUUGCCACCAAGGGACUUUGACGGCGCUGCGGAAAAGGAUUUGGAAGCUGUGACACUGAAUUUGAGGGUCAUAGGAUAUGCGUUAUUCGAGAACUUUCACGGGAAGGGGUAUGUGACGGAGGCCUGUCGGGCACUGAUCGAUGGAUACGCUGAGGAGAUUGGGAAGUGGAAAGCUAGCGAGGAUGGCAAGCGAGGGGAUGGAAAAGAAGUCGUGUUCUACCUGGAAGGCGGUGUGGAUCAAGAUAACCUAGGUAGCCAGAAGGUGCUGAGGAAAUUGGGGUUCAAGACGGUGGGGAUGAAGGUUGAAAAGGAAAAGGCGUGGCUGAAUGGCGGGUGGAGGGGGCCGGGGUGGUGGAUUACGGGGAUGUAUCUGUAA